CAGAAAGGAAUGCACGUGGGAAACCCCUGAGUAGUCCGACGAUACGGUGACUCACCCAUUUCCCAGUCAGCGAGUGAGGCUACCCUGCAAGAUGGACUGAGGUUGCAGAUCUCUUCCCAGGACACAAGUUUCUCCUUUGGUUGGCCUGGGCUUCGGCCUUUUCCUUUCUCCUGCAUGAGAUUCCUGGAGAGUAUUUCAGUUUCUUGGAGUCCAUUAUUCCAGGAGCCUAAUAGCCAGAGAGAAAGGCUAUUGUAGAAUAGUUUUAAGAUGUGUCACAUUUGCCAGAUGGUCCGUAAGAUCUCGUCCCCUUCACUGCCCUGACGGGUGCACUACCUGACUGGCCAUGGAUGAUACCCUGUUCCAGUUGAAAUUCACAACAAAGCAGCUAGAGAGACUGGCCAAGCAGGCAGAAAAGGACUCCAAAGCUGAGCAGGCCAAAGUGAAGAAGGCCCUUCAGCAGGAACAUGUGAAGUGUGCCUGCGGGUAUGCUGAAAACGCCAUCCGCAAGAAGAAUGAAGGUGUAAACUGGCUCUGGAUGGCAUCCCGUGAGAAUGCAGUAGCCUCCAAGGUGCAGACAGCUGUGACCAUGAAGGAGGUGAUUAAGAAUAUGGCACCAGUGACCAAAGCUCUGGACAAGGCGCUGAGUGCCAUGGAUCUUCAGAAGGUGUCUGCGGUGAUGGACAGGUCUGAGCAGCAGGUGCAGAGCCGGCAUGUGCACACAUCGGGAACAGAGGGUUCCAGGAACUCUCCCACCAUGCUGACCACACCUCAGGAGCAGGUCGACAGUCUCAUUGUGCUGAUUGCUGGGGAAAAUGGCCUGGAGGUCUUAGACCAGCUCAGCCAGCUUUUAGAGGGUGACUCUGCUGUGGGUGAAAGCCACCUCUGGGUAUGCAGCCCGGAGGACCAGCUGUCUCGGAGGUUGGCUGCCCUGAGAAAUUAGCAUGCCCUGGGCAGGUGUUGCCUCCCUUCUGUGAUGUACUGGAGGCUUGUGCCCACACUCUGCGCUCAACUUUCUCCAACCCUUCAUAGCUGCCUUGACUCUUUUCCAACCUGCCAGGCUGGGCGCCUUAAACUGAGUCUUAGGUUGGGCAGUGGUUCUCUGUCCUGAUAGUGAAUUUGCACAAGUGUGUGGGUGACUCAUGUGACUUGUGGCCACAGCUGGAAGACAGCAAGCUCUGUGUUGUCAUCUGCCUAUGUGGAGUUGGCAGGGUUUGACCAGAUGUGUGGACUUCAGCCCAGUGCUGCAGGGCCUUCAGUUUCCAGUGAACACACACCUGCCGCUUGCUGUGACCAGUGAGGAUCAGAGCCACACCUUUGCCAGGCAGCUCCUGGGAGCCUCUCCCCAACUUCUACAGACAGGAAAUCCUGUUGUGUGACAGCCCUGAGUAGGUUCCUGUGGACUUUUGUGUACCAGAGAUGUCCAGUGCCACUAACACUGGUUGUGGCCUUAACAGGUGGUUCCUCUUCUCCAUCUUCCCAGGGCUGAGUUUGUUCCUUGGAGGUCCAGUGCCACCAACACUGGCUGGGGCCUUUGCAGGUGGUUCUUCUCCUCCAUCUUCCCAGGGCUGAGUUUGUUCCUUAGAGGUCCAGUGCCACCAACACUGACUGAGGCCUUUGCAGGUGGUUCUUCUCCUCCAUCUUCCCAGGGCUGAGUUUAUUCCUGGGCUGACACUCCCAGCCAGCUGGGUUGGCCUGGGCUUUCUGUCCCUCAGCUCCCUUCCCCAGCCCACAAAACUGGCAUCCAAUCUCAAGUCCAGGUGUCCCCUCCUGAGAGAUGCUUACCCUUCCUCAGCAGCUGCCUCUGGAAGGGCUUGGGGCCACUUGGGCUGUGCGGUCUGUCUGAUGGCGCCAGGCCUUUUAAAGCUUCUCACUCUUGAAUGUGAGGUCCCCGGACUCUUCUGUCCUUUUAGAUACAGGCUGCCGCCCUUCUGCCUUCUCCAGGGGAAAGUCAGGGUGGCUGACAAAGAAAACUGGGACAGUCACCUUUGGUUGCGGUCAGCUCUUUGGCUGUGGGAAGCUGGCAGGGAGCAGGCAAUGAGACUGCCUGGGGCAGCCUGAAGGUUGUGUGUACAGACUGCUGUUGUACUUUCAGUCUCCUGAACUUUACUCAUGUUCUUAAAACUCCUGGUGAUUUUGUUCUUUUGCCAAAGUGGAAAGCACACAGCAGAAGGGGUAUGUUUGUCCAGCCCUCCUCACAGGCUGCGCAGUACCUCAAGCUUGGGUACUUCACCUGGACUUGCUGUUCGGUUCUUUAUUAGGCCACUCAGGUGUUUUCGACAGGCACAGUAACAGCUUCUCGGAGUUAAACUGUUUUUGUUCUGCACUUUGGGGCCCCUCGGUGUUCCACAUUACAUAAUUGAUGUUGGGGGCGGGGACCAAGGUACAGUCUAACCAUGGGCCCCUCAGGCUUCCUGAAAUCAACCUGCGUGACAGGUGUUGAGAGUAGCUGCAGUCUCUCGGGACAACUUGUGAGCUCUCUGGGUCCUGGAGGGUGCAGGAUUUGUGGAACACUAGUAGAUUUGG